UCGCGCCGCCUGUUUUGGAGGAGCGUAGCGAGGGCUUUGUCUCCGCAAUAGAGUUUCUGGAUGUGCGUUCCGUGCAGCAGGGACCGCCUGCUGCAGACGGGUUGCAUGGCGUAGGGGGUCACAGAUCUCCGUGGCCGGGGUUCAGGGACAGGCACCGUCCACGUCCGCUGGGGAGACCAGGCUGUCGUCCCGAGCACAAAACUGCCCUGCCACAGCGACAGAUUUCCGUCUGAAAUCCCCCUGGAACGUGUUCUCACUGCCAAAGGAGUUGCAUCUCUGAGAUGCUUUAUUACUGUAGAACUUGCUUGUGGGAAAGAGAAUGAAAAUUGAAGUUUUGAUCAUGCGUUAAUGAAUGAUGGUCUGACUUUUGGACAACGUCCUGAAAGCAAUGGUGGAAAGAAAUGCUGCAUAAUGCCUGGAUUUUCUCGGAUCCUUCUGUGUCUCUCAAAAUGAGAUGUCAUACAGGGGCAGCCUGGUAAAGGCUCUAACUCACAAGAUUUUCAACUGAAUUCUCAUCUAUCAACACUGGCAAAUAUUCACAAGAUUUACCACACCCUCAAUAGGCUGAAUCUGACAGAGGACGUUGGUCAAGACGAUCACCAGACAGGAAGUCUUCGGUCUUGCAGUUCAUCAGACUGCUUUAGUAAAGUGAUGCCUCCAAGGAAAAAGAGGAGACCUGCAGCAGGAGAUGAUUUAUCUGCUAAGAAAAGUAGACAUGAUGGUAUGUAUAGAAAAUACGAUUCAACUAGAAUAAAAGCAGAGGAAGAAGAAGUCUUUUCAAGUAAGAGAUGCUUAGAAUGGUUCUAUGAAUAUGCAGGCACAGAUGACAUUGUAGGGCCAGAAGGUAUGGAGAAAUUUUGUGAAGACAUUGGAGUUGAACCAGAAAAUGUAGUUAUGCUUGUGCUAGCAUGGAAGUUGGAUGCUCAAAACAUGGGCUACUUUACAUUACAAGAAUGGUUAAAAGGAAUGACAUCACUACAGUGUGAUACUACAGAAAAAUUGAGAAAUUCUCUGGAUUACUUGAGAUCUUUAUUAAAUGAGCCUACCAAUUUUAAACUUAUUUAUAGAUAUGCCUUUGACUUUGCACGAGAAAAGGACCAGCGCAGCCUAGAUAUCAAUACUGCCAAGUGUAUGUUGGGCCUUCUUUUAGGAAAAGCAUGGUCCCUUUUUCCAGUAUUUCAUCAGUUUCUAGAGCAAUCAAAAUACAAAGUUAUCAAUAAGGACCAGUGGUGUAAUGUUCUUGAAUUCAGCAGAACAAUUAACCUUGACCUCAGUAACUAUGACGAAGAUGGAGCCUGGCCAGUGUUGUUGGAUGAGUUUGUGGAAUGGUAUAAAGGAAAACAGAUGACAUAGGAGUUUAACUAUGCACAGCCACUCAAGAGUCACUGUUACCACAGUUAUGUCAACCAUUAGCCAUAAACUGCUAUUUGUAUCAAAGUGCAUGCUGCUUUUCUUGCACUGCAUCCCUUUGGCAGGGAAUUUUUGAUGUUUGCUAUUUAACAAGCUAGCUAUGCUUGCUGUUUAGCAUUGUUCUCUUUGAAGGCUGCUUUGCAUUUUGUAUUUACACUACGAAUUGGUGAACUUGCCAGAGUCUUCACUGUGAUUAAGUGUAUAUUGCUGUCUAAAUUUUGUAUAUGUGUAUAAAAAAAGGCUUCACCUAGGAAUUAUUUCUGCAGAAAUGUAUUGUAAAAAUAAUUUUGUGGCAUAUUUCUAAUCAUCACUUAUGUCUGUUGAAACUUUAGUUAUUUUGUUUUUUUUCUGGUCUCAAAUGUAACAUUUCAGACUUUCUGGACAUAGUUAUGUGGAAGAACUAUUUACAGUUUCAAUGUUACUAUUUGAGAUACCAGUUUCUGAGAAGAGAAUAUAAGCUGUGAUUUCUUUCAUCAGAAUUUGCCAAACCUGACCUAAUGCUUUAUAGGAAUGAAAUAUUGGUGUCUUAAAAAAGAUAUAUGCAUAUAAAUAUUUCGACACUGUAAUAGUUGUACAUGCCACAGAUUAUUUCCAUUUGAAAAAAGAGUACUGACUUUUUAAUGUUAAAACUGCAGUAGUCAUUACAGGUACAAAUGAACAAAUUAAAGUACCUUUUAAAAAUG